CCAUUCUCUUACACAGGUUCCUGGGCUGCUGUGCGGCUUUCAUUAAAAAAAAAAACAUUCGGGAGAAGAAACUGAUCAGAAGCACACGCAUCUACUAAAGAAGGGAGGCCAGACGACAGUACCAAUGUCGGGUUGAAAGCAUUUGGCUCACUGAGCCAGUAAUGGCUCAUGGCAAUAAACCAGCAGCACCCAUUUCCAACCUCGCAGCAUCCAAUCCUCAGCUAUGUGCUGGUCCAGGACCUACUAAACCCAGUCAAGAAACUCACAUAGAUUUGGUGAAGGAGGUGUCCGCACAAUCGUUCUGUACCAUAAAGGAUGAUAACAACGACCAGUUGACUGCUGCCAAUCGCUCCUUUUUCCGUGGUGAAGACAUGGAGGAUACAUGCUCUGAGUACGACAACGUGGGCUCUGAUGUAGAGCAGGACUAUGACGAGGUGUUGCAUUUAAACAGGGGGGGCGUCACGGACACGAGGUACUACAAACAGUACUGCCCUGAAGAUGUAGCGUACCUAAAACAUGCAGGAGGAAAAAUCGUCGAUGAAAGCGGCAGUGCCACGCCUCAUCAAAGCACAGAGAGAUGCGAUGGAUCACAAUCAGAAACUAAACCUCAUAAAUCGGGCCGCCCGCUUCCAUCACGUUGUACCGCUAUUAGAAGGGAAGCAGCGGAGGGAGAAGAAGUGGGAAAGGGCCUGGAGAAUAGAUUCUUCUUUUGUGAUGGAGAUGAGAUUGAAGAAGUGCUGGAUGGGGCCAGAUUCAUAGAAGAUUUAGAGGACGACAGUUUAGACAACAACAUCCCAAGACAGCUUGGCCAUAAUCAGGAUGAUGAUAGAAUUAGAAAAGGGUUUGACGAAAGGGAAAGAGAAAAUGACAGAGGAGUUACAAGAAACAAGGAGGACAGGCAGGGGAAAGGACGAGGGAGGAGGACCGCCGGACAGGAUGUCGGAAUCAAAGGUUGCACGACCGUUAAAAAUGAUAAUCGAGUAAAAACAUCAUGUAAGGAAAACAAAAAAGCUCCCAUGCGGACAAAAGCGAAAUCUAACUCCAGUAAGCAACAUCCACCUCCUCGUCAUUCCCAUGGCGAGACGCCUAUUAACAGCCCCAAGACAGAGACCCCUCCUGUUACAAGACCCAGUGUCUCCACUAAUAACCAGGACAGCGAGCCGAGGGUCAUCAAACCGUCUCUGCCUCUUCGUCAUGCACCGGAGCAAGAGACCAGGCCUCUUGAAGAGAGCCAGACCCAGCCACAGACGCUCCAGCAGGACGAGAAGCCAAGCACAGCCGUGAUGCAAGUGGAAGUACCAGAGCAGCCAAGGCGGCCAAUGAGUCCAAAUGUCCUUCCAGAUGAGGAGAGUGGCUCCCCCAAGAAGACACAAGAAUCAGCUUCCUUCCCCAGUUUUGAAGACGUCCCAGGUCCAUGUGAGCCAGAAGAUCUUAUCGAUGGGAUCAUCUUUGCUGCAAACUACCUUGGUUGCACUCAGGUGCUGUCUGAUAAGAAUCCAUCAAAGACUGUCCGCAUGUCACAAGCCCAUGAAGCCGUUAGCCGUAUUAAGAGCCAGGAUGAAGAAUCCCAAAUUAUGACAGAAGUGGAUCUGUUUAUCUCCACUAAAGCCGUCAAAGUACUCAAUGCCGACACACAGGAGACAAUGAUGGACAGCACCUUGCGUACCAUUUCCUAUAUCGCCGACAUAGGUAGCAUUGUGGUUUUGAUGGCACGCAGACGCUUGUCUCAAGCGUCAUCACCGGAGGAUUUCUCGGAAUCUCCGGACUCAAGCGUUGAAGGGAGUAGUCAAUGUGGGAUGAUCUGCUACGUCUUUGAGUCAGAAGAUGCCCAGCUCAUCGCACAGUCCAUCGGUCAGGCGUUCAGCGUGGCCUACAGAGAGUUCCUGCGAGCCAACGGCAUCAAUCCCACAGACUUAAGCCAGAAACAAUACAGCGACAUCAUCAACUCCCAGGAAAUGUACCACGACGACCUCGUCCAUUUCUCAAACUCGGACAACUGUAAAGAGCUGUGCGUGGAGAAGCAGAAAGGAGAGAACCUGGGGGUGGUGAUUGUUGAGUCCGGGUGGGGCUCCAUUCUGCCCACUGUCAUCCUUGCCGGGAUGAUGAACAGCGGUCCGGCGGCUCGCUCUGGAAAACUCAGCGUCGGUGAUCAGAUUAUGUCCAUCAACAACACCAGCCUAGUCGGGCUGCCUCUGGCCACCUGUCAGGGUAUCAUCAAGGGACUGAAGAAUCAGCUAAAAGUGAAGCUAAGUAUCGUGAGCUGCCCUCCUGUCACCACCGUCCUCAUCAAACGGCCUGAUCUUAAAUUCCAGCUUGGUUUCAGUGUUCAAAAUGGCAUCAUCUGCAGCCUGAUGCGAGGGGGCAUUGCUGAGAGAGGCGGCGUUCGCGUUGGACAUAGAAUCAUCGAGAUAAACGGUCAAAGUGUGGUUGCCAUGGCGCAUGAGAAGAUCGUACAAACAUUGUCCGUGUCUGUGGGCGAGAUCAAGAUGAAGACGAUGCCUGCUGUGAUGUUCAGACUGCUCACCGGACAGGAAACGCCUUCCUACAUAUGAUAAGACGCUGCACUGAUUAAUGAUGAGGAAAUUUUUAUUUUUCUAUCAUUUGAAUAUUAUUUUGUUGCAAUGCUGUAAAGAACAUCCGGUUCUCAUUUUUCAGGUUUAAUGUUGAAUUACAUUACUCAUAAUGGCCUUACAAUGUGAAUACUGGGUCUGUAGUGCUAUACGUGGGUUUGGAAGAGAACUAGCUUUAUGGUCACUUUUAUUUUCUUAUGAAGAGAUAAAUAAGUGCAUUUAUAUUUUAGUUAGUCAUUUUUAUAGUGUCUAUGUACUUCUACUGUAAAUACUAUGGAUUACUCAAGGACUGGAUUGGAAAGGCCAUAUUACUCUUAUAGUAUAUGCAUGUUAUCACAAAGUGUUAUUGACUGAGGAUCCAUCAUAUUCUAUUACAGUAUUUAAAAGAAGUUAUGUGUCACACUGUAUAAAAUCACUAAACAUGUGUGUAUGGUGGAGAUGCUGAUGGCCAAAGACACCACUACAUUUUAAAAUGCAGUACAAAAGAUCAUAACCUUUACCAGAGAGUACAAGAAUGUAUCAAUAUGUACAUGAAGGAACGAAUGUAUUAGUGUAACACAAAUAAUACAAUCUCACUGCUUACAACUUGG